AGUAAAUAAAAAUAAAAGAAAAAGAGAAUUAAAAAUUUUUUAAAAAAAUUACGAAAACCCUAGUUUCUGAGUUAUUUUUCCUUGGCGCUUCGAAGCUUGCAUCGACCUUCAUGUACAAAAUCCAAUUUCCUAUUGGGUUUUAGAGGUAUACGCUGAUGAGGUAGAUGAUGAUGAUUGGGAUCCAAGAAAAAUGUCAGGAAAGAGAAUCAUAUGGUGGAGGCGGUGAAAGGAAUCAGAGCCCAACCAUAACCCCAACAUCAAAUAUGAACUUGGCAUUCAGAGCAGAUGGGGUUACUGACGUUUACAAGCCCAUCAUGCCUAUUACUAACGAUGAUACACUUCAUCAUGUUCAAUCAAUCCCGCCGCACCACCAUGAGAUGAUGCUAAUGGGUUGUGGCGGGAUCGGCAUAGGUGUUGGUGGUGAUGGACUUGACAUGAAUACUGCGGAACCAAUCAAGAGGAAACGCGGGCGGCCAAGGAAAUACUCUCCACCCCAUGGUAAUGUCAACCUCAACCUAACAUCUCCGUUGUCCCACCACCACCAGCACCAUGAGCCCCACCAGUCUCCUCUUCUUCAUUCUGGAUUCCAGUCACCUUCUUCCCCAUCAUCAACUUCAAAGAAAGCAAGGGGCAGACCUCCUGGUUCUGGCCGCAAAAACCAACUUACUCUUGGAUCAGGAGUUGGAUUUGCACCACAUGUUAUAACAGUGAAGGCUGGAGAGGAUGUGUUAUUGAAGAUAAUGUCAUUCUCCCAAAAUGGCCCAAGAGGUGUCUGCAUUUUGUCAGCAAAUGGUGCUGUAUCCAAUGUAACACUUCAUCAACCUGCAACAUCAGGUGGAACUGUAACAUAUGAGGGACGAUUUGAGAUUUUGUCACUAUCUGGUUCAUUUCUCCCUUCGGAGAGUAGUGGUCAGCGCGGUAGAACAGGUGGCUUAAGUGUUUUACUAGCCGGGCCUGAUGGUCGUGUUCUAGGUGGAGUGGCAGUUCUCCUCACAGCAGCAUCUUCUGUUCAGGUUAUUGUUGGUAGUUUUAUUUCGGAAGAUUGGAAAGAAUCAAGUCUGGGGAUUAACCAACCUGAAACCUUGUAUGCUCCAGGCGCAUCAAUAGCAGGAAGCCCUACGUCCCGUGGAACUUUUAGUGAAUCGUCUGUUGGGCUUGGAAGCCCUCCUAACCACAGCACUGGAGGCUGCAACAACAGCACUCUCCUGGGCAUGCCGAAUGUGCCAUGGAAAUAGACAAGACUCCCUCCUAUAAUUUGUUCUUUUGUGUGAGCCUCGACACUCAGAGAGAAGCUGAUACCAUAGAAUGUCUCCUCUUGCGAUCCGUAGACAGUGUUGUUCAACUUAUACCACAGAAUACCUACCCUUGGAGCUUGGUAGGCUAUCCUUUUUGCAUAGAAUCAGGUGUUCUAUUUUAUAUUUUUAUAUUUUUUUAUAUUUCCGAAUAAUGUAUGUUUUCUGUAAAA